AUGCGCUCCGUUGAGUUGGAAAAGCUGCUGACAAAAGUUAGGGGAUAUGAUUGCAUAAUACUGGACUCUGCUGCGUUUGAAAAAUUCGGUUCGUGUAUUUCGUGCUGCGGUUCAAAAGAAGUUUUCCCCUUUAGUGAUGUUAAUAAGGAGAUAUAUGAUAAAUCAUUUGUUUUCAUUGUUUCCUCUCCCUUUACAAACUUUCUUUUGGAGCAGAUAACUUCAGUUGUCUGUGACAGUGGGAAAAUGACAGGCUGCCUUGUAUUAUCUACAGUCGAGGCAGUUGGCAACUGUGUGCCUUUCAAGCUGCCUAAUGUAGACGAAUAUCCGGAAUGUGAAGUGCAGUAUUUGUCAAAAGAUGAAAAGCUGGUUACUUUCAAAGUCGAGUUCGUUUUCAGUACUCCACGUUCUGUAUCUCUAAACGUAUUCAUGCUUCCUACAUGCCAUACAUUACUACCUGGCCUAGAAGAUUAUUCUGCAACAUUUUUUGAUAUCAAUAGCAUCCUGUGGUCACUAAAGGUUUUGGAAGAGGUCUAUUCAUUCGGUAAAAUUAGUAGCAAAGUGACUGCACAGUUUGCUGAGUUUCCUGCCGCAAUCAAUAGAAGGAAGUCCCUCUGUAGCAGUGCCGAUAAAUCUACAGCCUCAGUUAUAUUCAUUGAUGAACUAGCUGUUUGUGAUCCAGUUGCAUGUUUAGAACCAUAUACGAGACCAAAUCACUUGCUAGACUUAAUAUUUGCUGAAUUAUCACCUGAUGGUCACCGAGCCUAUGUAUCUUGGGAACAAUUGUCCAAGUGUCCAUCUUUUGAGAAUAACAGCUAUGAAAAUAAAAAUUCAUCAGAACCCCUGUGUACAGAUCUAAUACAGUCAAUGGAUAUCAAUGCAAAUCCUCUACUAGAUGAACAUUUAUUACUAAAAGAGCAUGCAUCCUUAUCUAAAGUACAACAAAAUUUGCUACAUGUCGCUGAGCUUAUUCAACAUGAAUUGCCUGAAUUAUUGGAGCCGCCAAGAACGAAGCUACAGUGGGCUGAUCUGUUGCGAAGUCAAGUGAAGAAAUUAUUUGCGCCGAUAUGCAAAUCAGGUCGUUUUGACCUCCUAAGUCAUAUUCAACUGGCACUAGCUGUGAUUAAUGCAUUCGAUUCUGUUACAAGUCGUAAUCGAGUUCACAGUGUUCACGACAGUGUUAGUUUAGAGAAGUUACUUGUGAAAUUUGAACGGUCUUUAUUGGUUGCUAGUCAGACAGAUUCUAAACUUAUUCAACAACUUCAAAAGCCAACUCACUUUGAGCCUGUUCUACUUAGUGCAUACAAAGAAGCUAUGAAUUUGCCAAACCUGGAUGAAAUGUUCUUUUUUGUUACGCAUACAAUCAAUUUAAUGCAUGUGCAUUCACCGAUCUCUGAAUCAAUAUGGUCAGCUAUCCGAGAAAUGUUUACGAUUGGUCGGGAGAAAAGUAAUGAAUACACAAUGAAUCAAAGAGUUCCAGGUGGAUUAAUUCCUAAAGGAUUAUCUGUAAAUGAUCUUGUUCAAAAUAUCAAGUCUUUUCGUGAAAAACGAGCUCAACUACCCAGCUAUAAUAAUCUAGUAGGUGCAUCACAAGCUCGUUAUCAACCUCCCUUAGUGCAAAUGAUGAAAGACUUGGUGACGGCUAGAGAAAAUCCCAAUGAAGCUGGCCCAGCGUUAAAUGGUAUAACACAUAAACCAUGCUCAUCUUCAUCAGGCAAUUGGUUGGGGGAAUUAAGUCGAUUCAUUCGAAUUCCUGGUGGUGGAAAUGAGAAAUUUCUCCCGUAUAAAACUGAUUAUAUCAUUCUCAUUUUUAUGGGUAAUGGUUUAUCGUUUUCAUUGUGCCGUGAACUCUUUGAAAUUGUUUCAUCUCAUUCUACAAAAAAACCAAACCAUAUGUUCAAACUGAAAAUUGUUACGAGUGGAUUCAUUGGUGGACGUUCAGGCAUUUCCAGUUAUUUAAAUGUUAAUAUGUAA